GUGAUACUGAAUGGCAGCAGUACCGUCGCGACGCAUCAAAUUAGUGUGAGUAUCAAAUUUAGGGAGCUGAUUCUCGACUCUAGUUGCAAGUGCUGAAUAUACGGCGAUAAUAUUUAUUUUACUGAUAACCGUGCGUCUUUAUUUUGGUUUCCAUUAUCAUUUUUAUUGUGGAAGAUAGUGAAUUUAAGAAGAAUGAAAUGUUUACAACACACAUCUAGUAACAAGUAGUUGUCUUGAAUUAUAAUAGGCAUUUCUCAUGAAAAUUGUGAAUUAUGUAAACAAGUGGCCAAUAUAGCUAUAUAGAGCUUUAACUUUUCGAGUGGUAAGAAUAGAUCACUAAAGAGUGCUGCCUUGAUUGUAGCACGUGUUUUUGGUGCAUCUCGGAUCUUUGCCCAAACGUGUAUCGACAAUGACAUGGGACUGCUGGCAAAAAGGUAAACGAGGAAUGACCGUGUCGGUGUUCUUCCUCGGUAGUAUCUGCCUUGCGGUGAUGCUUGCCUAUUUGGCAUUUGGUGAUAGCACUGACGAAGAAGGCUUGCGCACACUUCGUAUGAUAGCGAUCAUGUUCCGCCACGGAGACCGUUCACCGACCGAGUUUUACCCAAAUGAUCCUCAUCGUAACCACCAGUGGACUGGAGGACUAGGAGCUUUGUCGGAGCGAGGAUCUCAGCAAAUGUACAGUUUAGGGAAGAAUCUUCGGCCACGUUAUUAUCGUCUCUUACCACCGAAUGGCCUUUAUUCAAAGGAAAACAUGUACGUAAUCAGCAGCUAUGCUGAGAGGUGCGUCAUGAGUGCCCAGAGCUUCAUGGCAGGUUUUUUGCCCCCUUUGGAGAACACUAAUCCGCUACCUAUACCAUGGCAGCCGGUGGCAAUCAACACAUUGGAUAGGGAUCGCGAUACGAUCCUGGCGCAGAGGAAACCUUGCCCUCGGUACGAACAGUCUCUGCAGCGUUUGAUGUCUUAUCCUCCCAAAGAUAUACGUGAUUUGAACGAAAGGAGUGAAGCUUUAUAUAAAACGCUAAGCCGAUCAACUGGACAGAAUAUUAGUACAAUUCUCGAUGUGGAACUUCUGUACAAUACGCUGGAGAUAGAGAAAAAUGCCGGUCUCGAACUUCCCGACUGGAGUGAAACAAUAUUCCCCGAAAAAAUGCUCCCUCUGGCGGAACGAAGCUUAGCCCUGUUCACUGAAACUCCUUUGAUGAAAAAAAUUAAGGGAGGCGCCAUCGUGAGUGAACUAUUGGAUAACAUGUUGAAAAAACGUGCCGGUAUUCUCAUGCCCGAACGAUCGAUCUUCGUAUACUCGGGACAUGAUGUUACACUGGUUAACCUGAUGCGUGCGCUGAAUGUGAUCGAUCAAACCACCGGAAAACCAGAGUUCGCAGCGACGAUCGUCUUCGAACUGCAUCACAGUAUAACGUUUGAUGAUGACUUUGAGGUGAAAGUGGUGUACUAUUUCAACAGCGAAGAUAAGUAUCCCAAGGAAUUACAUAUUCCUAACUGUGGAGAUCCGUGUUCAUUGACCAAAUUCAACCAACUGAUGGAACCAAUUCAUAUCACAAGUUACGAUGAAUUGUGCCAACUUGUUUAGGACCAGAACAACUUGCUCGAGUGUGCGUGAAAAUGGACACAAUUGUGUGUUCGUUCUGUUGAAAAUUGUCUUUUACUGAAUUAUUGCGUCAGCCUCUUUUACUGUAGCCAUUAUUUGGUCUCGGAAUUUGAAUACGUUUAAUAUCUUGCGAUGAUACUCGAUAGUCCUACUAUAACAAUAAUUUUAUAUUCUCCAAAAUUUAGAUUUGUUAAUUAACAAAAUAGCUACAAAGUCGGAUAAAAGACAUCCAAUUUUCAACGACUAGAUUAGAUUUGGACUUUCGAUUCGAUUCCUUUCAGCAAACGUCUCCAUACUUGAGAACGUUCAACAAGUUCAGUUCAAUAACUUAAAAUUGGGUAAAUCCCAAGCAUUCUAAAAUUGAGGAAAGAAACUCAACUAGUUAAUAAUCACUACCAAAUAUUGAGUAGAUGUAACAUUUAAUUCAGUAUAUAUUUCCAUAAGCUAUUCUAAGUUCACAAAAUGUAGGGAACGUUUGAAGGGAGCUCUCGCUAUCCCAGUCAGCUUGAAACGUAAGCUAGGAAGCUACGAAUUACUUACGAAUCUUUUGUCGUGAAUACGACUUACUUUACUAUGGGGUGCCUUUUCAAAAUUUACCCUCUGAGAGAGUGAUAAGUUUUUAAUCGUGAAUAUCUCUUGUUGUAUCUAACGAAUCAACAUAAUUUUUGCUACAUGCCAUCGGAAAUAUGAUCACAAUUUAAUGAUAAAAUUUUCAGUUGUGUGACAUAAUCUCAAAUAGUUCAAAAUUAAACUUUUCUGAAAUGUUUGGUAUAAACGAGUAUCAAAGAGGAUAAUUCAUAUGAUGGCGCGUUUGCCUUUCUCGUAUUUUUAAAGCUCAUAGAUCAGUGAUCUGUGGAAGGAUUUAUAUAAUCUAACUACCAAUAGAAUCGAAAUUUUUAACUUAAACGUGUAUAGCAAAAGCAUUAAAGUAUUUCAAUAGUACACUAUUGAAAAACCUAUCUCAUUUGACCCAUGUCAACACCAGCCAAUCAGAACGCGUUCUGAGGAAGAGAAGAAAAUAGCUGUACAACAAAUCGUUCAAGAAAAAUGUUCCGAAAAGUGGUGAAUAUCGUAGUGAGUUCCUCAAUUUGGUCCUUCUGAAUGCUAGAAUCGAAUCCCUACAGCAUAUUGAUAGUUUCUUUCAAUAAAUUAUGCAAAUGCGAAAUAAAAUAAUCGACAUUAAUAUUCUGUAUGCGACUAUUUUUAUAGCCGUUAGGACCGCCCAUUAGUGAAAAAACUACAAACGAAAUCACGUAAAAGAAAGCUCCUAACAAAAAUCUAAUCAGUUUGGAUUCUAUCGCCAAUGCGAGCAGAUGUAUUUUGUGCCGUUUGCAAAGCUAGUUUCGCUUCCGACAAGAGCGAUUACGUCACAGCUGCCAGGCAUUUCGAUGGAUGAAAAAGCAACGUUGGAGAGCAUUAUAAAAAAUCAGCCGUUCUAAUGGCUCUAAAAGUUUUCUGAAGAACUAUUAGGAUGUGUUGUUCGCAAAUCGAAAGAAAAUAUCCUCAGUUUAGUGCAAAUCUAGAACAGUUUGGUUAAAUUCUUGCACUUUUCGCUGUGUGAAAUUCACAGUAAUCGAGAUCAAGUGAAGCCUUCUUUGUUUUUGCGAAAAAUGUGGAAAAGGAGAAUGCUUGCAUAAUUCAUACAAUUGAUCAACUAAUUGAUAUUCGGAAGUGUUAAGGAUCAUGUCAUUUGUUUUCGUAUUCACGACAUCCAGUUAUGUCUCUGACAUUACCCACCCGCCUUUUUUUUGUGUGAAUAGUCUUAUGUUUGCCGGACGAGAAAGAGAUGUAGUAGAUUCAAAAGGAGUGCUAACCUUAAACACUUUAGUGCAGCUCAACAGCCCUUCUUUCCAAAAGUAUUCUCUUUGCGCACACGUUAACUAAGUGUCUUCAUCUUAAUACUUAUAUUAGUACAUAUUUCGUUAUUUUGCCAAAGUGUUUGUUAAUGUUAGAUUUUACAUUUUAUUUAUGGCUUGUUUUGAUUAUUGUUUAGUGUAUAUUAGAAUUUAUCAUAAAUUUACGUUUACCAAUUUGGCUUUAUUUCCUUAACCAUGAUGACUGAUUCUUUUUCUAAAUUAGCCUUACGUUUCCAGUUAAACAUGGAAAAAUUUUCGGAUGAUGAAAAAAAAGCUGAGACAGAUGAUUGCUUUUGGUAAAUUUCCCAUGAAAGUUAAUUAUUUAAGCUAACCUGCACAAAAAUUCUACAUCCUUAAGAGCGGCCUUCUGGCAGUUAACCAGAAAAUGCGCCAUGGCGGACAAAAAAGGCAUGUAGCCAUGUUUUUGAGUUCUUUCUUCACUGAAAAUCAUUUCUUCUUCUAUAAGCUACCCAAAAUUAGGACGAUAUCUACUCAAACUUUGAGUUGAUCGGCAAAAAUGGGUAACGUGCUUUACUAUGGCAUAACACUUGUACUAAACUUACAUUUACCUAAAUUUUGAGGUUGAAGUCUAUUCUUAACCGACAUUCAUAGUUGUAUUAACCUCAUGUAUGUUUGUUUUUAUCAGAAACUAUUUUUAUUAUUAGUUGACUUCCAACUAAAUCACCCCUAUUCUGUACGUCGUUCGAUUCGAAAUAUUCCGAUCGAAUGUGUCAUUUCCAUUCUGCAUUCCGUUCGAGUUGGGUAUGAAUUCAAAUAUAAUUCGUUCGAGUUAUUCAAUUUUCAAACAUUACUCGAUCGAUUUGCGUACGUAUUACUUCUGUUCGGUUUAGAAUCGUUCUAAUUUGUUUAUACAAGUGUGACGCUUUCGUUUACUAAGAAAUGAAUAAUAUAAAAAAAGAACGUGUACGUAGUGUUGACAGCUUUGAUGGUUAGUGUUCGAAAUUUAAAGUGUUCCCGAACGAGAGUCGAUCGAAUCAUACAAGUCGAACGAAAUAAAUAAUAACCCCGAUUCUGCAAUCCGACGGAUUUGUGAUACGAACGAAUCUACACUUUCGUUCGAGUUCGAAUUUUGCAUUCUUUAUUCCGUUCGACUUGUAUGAUACGAUCGACUCUCGUUCUGUAACACUUGAAAUUUCGAACACUAACCAUCAAAGCUGUCAACACUACGUACACGUUCUAUAUUAUUUAUAUUAUUCAUUUUUUAGGCUGUGAACCAUUUCGCGGUUAAUUUUAACUUUUGGUUGAAAUCUGAAACUUGAGUGGUUAUUUUGUGUCGAGUAGUUUAAUUUAACUAAAACUGAGGCCCAUUUCAAAAUUUGACGGACGAAAAGUUAUUUGGGUUUUUUUUUCACUGGCAAUAAUUUCAACUAAAGAAUUAAUAUUAAAAUUUCCAUUGCAAGAUUUUUGUCAGUGUCGGAAAAUAACCAUCGAUCUGUCAAAAAUAACCAUGCUCUCGAGCAGGGUUAUUUUUGACAACAUCAAAUUAACUGCUCGAGUGUUAGAUUUUAACCAAAAGUUAAAAUUAACCGCGAAAUGGUUCACAGUCUUAGGCUCGAGAGCAUGGUUAUUUGUGACAGAUCGAUAGUUAUUUUCCAACACUGAAAAAAAUCUUGCAAUGAAAAUUCUAAUAUUAAUUCUUUAGUUGAAAUUAUUUCCAGAGGAAAAUAAACCCAAAUAACUUUCCGUCCGUCAAAUUUUGAAAUGGGCCACAGUUUUAGUCAAAUUUAACUACUCGACACCAAAUAACCACUCAAGUGUCAGAUUUUAACCAAAAGUUAAAAUUAACCGUGAAAUGGUUCACAGCCUUAGUAAACGAAACCGUCACACUUGUAUAAACAAAUUAGGAUUCUAAACCGAACAGAAGUAAUAUGUUUGCAAGUCGAUCGAGUAAUGUACGAAAAUUGAACGAAUGAUAUUCGAGUUCAUACCCAACUCGACCGGAAUGCAGAAUGGAAAUUGCACAUUCGAUCGGAAUAUUUCGAAUCGAUCGACGUACAGAAUAGGGGUGAAAAUUUCAUCACUGGCAAAAUAUAUCGCACAUCUACAUCGCUUCGCUGCUCUUCUGUUAAAUAAAUCGCAGUGCAUGAGGAUUCGGUUCUUUAGGAAGAGGUUCGUUUAAGCAAAAUGACAUGUACAAUCCAUGCUUUGUACACACUUAGAAAAUUUCGCAGAAUUCGGUAAUUUUUUACCGAACUUUCAACAACUGAACGUUCGGUAAUUGAAUUGAUUACCGAUCGUUCGGUAUUUGCUUAACUGUCAAACAACUACCGUAAACUGUAAACCAAAUGGAUCUAACGGAUUGUUCGGUAAUAUUUUUUGUUCGAUUUCCUUUGGUUAAAAUUCUGGAUUUUCGGAUUUCAAAAAACAACACAAAUUCACAAAAACGAAUGAAGAAAAUUCCAACCCGUUGUGGCUAUUGUUUUAUUCCACGAAAAAAUUAAAAAGUGUCAAAUGGCCCGGCUGACCGGAAUCAUGAGCGCCUUCCAAAACACUGCACAAUCCGUCGAGUCCACUAGAAAUUACCCUCGAACGAUUUGUGUUGACAGCAAGUGGACAAGUGAUACAAAAUUAUUUUCUGCCCAUAAGAACAAAUUCAGCAGCUGCAAGAUUCAUAUGGGUGGUCUAUAAUGUAAAUGAAACUGAAACAAACGUAUCCCCAGCAAUCCGUUUUAGUUUUAUUUAUUCGACCAGUUCUACUGUCAAAACUGGUAUACAUUGCCGUUCUAUUUUUUCUAUAUUUGAAACACAGAUAAAACGCUGCUGGGGCUGCCAGUUUAUUUUGUUAUAAUUUCUAGAUUUAAAUUUUAAAACUGACAUAAAUUAUGCAUCUAGAACUAGAACACUCCUGAAUAUGCCCUAAGUAAACGAAAGCUUUAAGUGACUAAUGUUUUAAGAACACUAGCACCUGUACCUAAAUCCAUUCGAUAAACCCUUCUAGAUUUUUUCCAAAAAGUAGGGAAUAUUUCUGAUGUUUCCUUGGGAAUACUGGGAAUAACCCCACUAGGAACCAAUUGAUUAUAGGCAAACUCCAUGAUUCCUGAACGAUUGCGAAAUGCAGGCAGCGAGUGGUUUUCUCACAAAAAAGUAUCCAGACUUCGAGACACUAACGAAGUUUUCGUGGUGCACAUCACAGUCUUCCGUUAAACUAGCAUCAAUGAUGUUGAACUGGCAGCGCUGCAUAACCCGAAAGAUCAUCCCUUCGAUUUUUGAAGUUCUUUUACUAUCGUUGCCAUUUAAAGGUAUUGACCUUCAACAGACCCUGUCAGCUUGGAGCGAAAUCAAUCUUCAGUUCAGCAACGCCAUCGCGCGGAAUCACAUUCAACCUGUCAUGUCAAUUUUAUGGAUGCGCAGUGCUGCUAUUUUGGCGCGCACGAAUUUGACAUUUCUCUCCCUUACUUCUAACGAAUUGACAUUUCUCUCCCUUACUUCUAUGUACGAGAUUCGAUACGGACUUGCCUGAGGGCGACAUACAUACAUUAUGCAUCUAGAACUAGAACACUCCUGAAUAUGCCCUAAGUAAACGAAAGCUUUAAGUGACUAAUGUUUUAAGAACACUAGCACCUGUACCUAAAUCCAUUCGAUAAACCCUUCUAGAUUUUUUCCAAAAAGUAGGGAAUAUUUCUGAUGUUUCCUUGGGAAUACUGGGAAUAACCCCACUAGGAACCAAUUGAUUAUAGGCAAACUCCAUGAUUUCUGAACGAUUGCGAAAUGCAGGCAGCGAGUGGUUUUCUCACAAAAAAGUAUCCAGACUUCGAGACACUAACGAAGUUUUCGUGGUGCACAUCACAGUCUUCCGUUAAACUAGCAUCAAUGAUGUUGAACUGGCAGCGCUGCAUAACCCGAAAGAUCAUCCCUUCGAUUUUUGAAGUUCUUUCACUAUCGUUGCCAUUUAAAGGUAUUGACCUUCAACAGACCCUGUCAGCUUGGAGCGAAAUCAAUCUUCAGUUCAGCAACGCCAUCGCGCGGAAUCACAUUCAACCUGUCAUGUCAAUUUUAUGGAUGCGCAGUGCUGCUAUUUUGGCGCGCACGAAUUUGACAUUUCUCUCCCUUACUUCUAACGAAUUGACAUUUCUCUCCCUUACUUCUAUGUACGAGAUUCGAUACGGACUUGCCUGAGGGCGACAUACUCGCAGAAAAGUAUGUUGCCAAUGAUUUGUUCGGGAAAUGUAAGAGCUGGAUAUCUUGUUAAUAUGAUGUCUUUGCCUUCAACCAGUUCCGUCCGGUGAUGGUGUCAAGCUGAUCGGUUGUUAGAAGUAAAUUUUCAACAAUUGCCUGUAAUUUGACCACAGCAUUGGAUGAAAGAUCGGCCAUUUGUUUUCAUUGCGCCCUAAAACAUAUGUUACUUCGAAGCAUUCCAAAUAUUCUUUUAAUUCUGAAAUGUGAAUUUUUAUUUUAUGAUUGGGCUUAUUGAGGUUUCAUAUUAUGUUCAUCAUAUACAUUUCGGCUAGUUAUGCUUCGACUUUUGAAAAUUUUGACUGUAUGUGGUAUAUAAGAACAUCGUCGGCCUUUCGUAUUUCGACCUUUCAUUAGGCUCCCGACGAAAAAGUCCUAACGUUCAUGCAUCGCAAAUUCUCACCAUCAAAACGUAACAAGAAGACUUAUUAGUCUCACGAAGGAGGACCAAAGAAUCGAAAACAAUUUUGACAAAUUACUAAUGCAAAACUAAAUCGAUCGUAGCAUACUAACCGAAGCUAGUGAUGUCGUAAUAUCGAUCGAUUAAUCGAGUAAUCGAUUAAUUACCUUGAUAAUCGAGUAAUAUUUAAUCGAUUAGCUUAAAACUAAUCACCACGAUUCUGAAAUCCGACGGAUUUGUGAUACGAACGAAUCUACACUUCCGUUCGAGUUCGAAUUUUGCAUUCUUUAUUCCGUUCGACUUGUAUGAUUCGAUCGACUCUCGUUCGGGAACACUUGAAAUUUCGAACACUAACCAUCAAAGCUGUUAACAAUUACACGUUCUAUAUUAUUUAUAUUAUUCAUUUCUUAGUAAACGAAGCCGUCACACUUGUAUAAACAAAUUAGAACGAUUCUAAACCGAACAGAAGUAAUACGUCCGCAAGUCGAUCGAGUAAUGUUCGAAAAUUCAGCAACUCGAACGAAUGAUAUUCGAGUUCAUUCCCAACUCGAACGGAAUGCAGAAUGGAAACUGCACAUUCGAUCGGAAUAUUUGAAUCGAUCGACGUACAGAAUAGGGGUGAAUAUUCGAUUAUUGAGCUAAUCGAUUAAUUUAAAAAAUCCCAUAGUAAUAAUCGAAUGAAUAAUCGAGUAAUUCGAAAUUUCCGACAUCCCUAACCGAAGCCAUAUUCGCAUAAAAACACAAUUCUCGGUUGAUUUUUCUUUGGGGCUCUUUGUUUACUUUUUUUUCUAUUAAUUACCAAGCGGUUUCCACGUUUAUCACUCAACUCUUUGCAUGAAAUGAUACCCGAAAUUUUCGACUUUCAAACAGAAUAGUGAUAUCAAGGAAAAUCUUUUAAAUCACAUCACAAUAAUCGAAAGAGAGAUUGAUUAAAGAUAAACUGUCACUUGCUUAUACGCCCUAAUGAAAAAUCCACCGAGAAUUAUGUAUUUAUCUUGCAAUGUAAGACCCUGUCAGCUUGGAGCGAUCUCAAUCUUCAGUUCAACAACGCCAUCGCACGGCGUCUCAUUCAACAUGUCAUGUCAAUUGUAUUGGUGCGCAGUGCUGCUAUUUUGGCGCGUACGAAUUUGACAUUUCUCUCCCCUACUUCUAUGUACGUGAUUCGAUGCGGACUCGCCUGAGGGUGCCAUGGUCGCAAAAAAGGAUGUUGCCAAAGAUUUGUUCGGAAAAUGUGAGAGCUGGAUAUCUUGUUAAUAUGUCUUUGAAUGUAGGUAAAUCGUUCAAAUAAAAAAAACAUUUUUUAUUUUA